AUGCUCGAGUUCAAACCAUCUCUCAAAGAGGUUCAGGACCUCGUGGCCAAAAACGAGGGUAACACAAUUCCCAUUUAUGCCAAAAUUCGUGCUGACUUGCUCACCCCCGUGGGUGCAUAUCUGCGAAUAGCGGAGAAAAGUCAGCAUUCUUUCCUUCUCGAGUCUGUGACCGGUGGUGAAAAAAUCGGUCGAUAUUCAUUCCUCGGUGCAGACCCAUAUAAAGUGCUUCGAACCGGGGACCAUGAGGCUGUCAAAGGAGAUCCUUUAUUGGUUCUCGAGAAAGAAUUAGGUUCCAUCAAGUUCGUUUCCGUUCCUGGAAUUCCAAAAUUCACCGGCGGAGCCAUAGGGUAUAUUUCGUAUGAUUGCGUGCGAUACUUUGAGCCACGGACUGCACGCGAUUUACAGGAUCCUAUCGGCCUUCCGGAUUCGGUCUUCCUAUUUUGCGAUACAUUAAUCGUCUUCGAUCAUCUCUACCAGAUUUUGAACAUUAUUUCUCAUUAUCGAUCUGAAUCGUCGGAUCCAAAUGAAGUGGAAAGUCAUUACAAUCAAGCAACAGAAAAAAUAAGGCAUAUUUUUGAUUUAUUACAAAAAGAAUUUGUUCUGGAACCGCCUCAGGGUGAAAUUCGCCUCAAUCAGGCUUCCGUGUCGAAUGUGGGCAAGCCAGGAUAUGAAGGAUUUGUGACAACGAUAAAACAACACAUAAAGAAAGGUGACAUCAUUCAGGCCGUCCCUUCGCAGAGAUUAUCACGGUCGACUAGCCUACACCCCUUCAACAUUUAUCGAAGUUUGCGAACACUAAAUCCAUCCCCGUACCACUUUUACAUCGACCUGAAGGAUCAUCAGAUAAUCGGCGCAUCUCCUGAACUCCUGGUAAAAGUUGAAGAUGAAAUAGUUUAUACUCAUCCAAUAGCGGGUACACGCAAACGUGGUAAAACUCAAGAAGAGGACGAAAGACUUGCCGACGAAUUGCUAAAUGACGAAAAAGAAAGAGCCGAACAUAUUAUGCUUGUUGACCUUGGGCGAAAUGAUGUCAAUCGCGUUUGUCAACCCAAGACCGUCAAAGUUGAUUCGCUGAUGAAAAUUGAAAGAUAUAGUCACGUAAUGCAUAUUGUGAGUCAAGUUUCCGGCAAACUUCGUCCGGAUAAAACAAGGUCUUUCACAUCGAUUUCUGAUUCCAAAAUUCUUGUUCUGAAACAUUUCACCUGUGAAAAUUCAUGCUUUACGGAUUUGCAUCUUUAUAAUAGAUUUGACGCGUUUAGAUCCAUCUUUCCUGCGGGAACCGUUUCAGGCGCACCCAAGGUAAGAGCCAUGGAGAUUAUUGCCGAGCUGGAGAAAGAAAGGCGUGGUGUCUAUGCUGGUGCCGUGGGUCAUUUUGAUUUUUCGAAUUCUAUGGAUACCUGCAUCGCAAUACGCACGAUGUUGUUCAAAGAUGGCGUUGCUUAUCUUCAAGCAGGAGGCGGAAUUGUAUAUGACAGUGUCGAAGAAGAUGAAUAUCAAGAAUCCAUAAACAAGCUCAAAUCAAGUGUGAUUUGUAUCGAUCAAGCCGAAGAUUAUUAUCUAAAAUUGCAAAAUAAUCAGAAUGUAUAA